UGUUAGUGUGACGUAAAAUCUAGUGGACGGAACGCUUCUUUCAGCAGCAGCAACAGUUAGUCCGCCACCUCGGUAGCUUGCUAGCCAAAAUAGCCGAACCAAUAAAGCUCUUUAGACGCUUUAGUGUAUAUUAGCCACUGUAUUUUAAACCCUUGUCUGUCGUCUAGUUGGUUAGUUAUCCUAUUUAAUUUCAUAUUUACGGUGCUGUUGUUAUUAUUCAGCUAGCGGGCUGGUUAAGUUAGCAUUAGCCUAGCUAGCUAACAUCUCAGACCAUGAGUUCACUAAAUUACUCUCUUCCUGCUGAAGAAGAGACGGUCUGUUGGACGGAGAAAGAAGCUCUCAUCAAAGAGGAGGAGGAAGAGAAGGAUGUUACAAUACAAAAACAAGUAGAGGGUGAGGUUGUUACCCUGAAAGAAGAAGAGAAAGACGUUUCAGUGAAAGAAGAGGAAGGCGUUACAGUGAAAGAAGAGGCGUUCAGAGUGAAAGAGGAGGAUGGUGUUACAGUAAAAGAUGAGGAGGAUUCAGUUUUUGAAGUGAAAGCGGAGGAUGGGGAGAUUACGGUCUCAUCGGAAGAGGAGAAGGAAGAAACUGGAUAUCUGGGCCCGAUUUCCCAAACGCAAUUUAAGGCAUCCAGUGGUUCUAAAGAUGAACUUGGCCAUAAGAUGGUUUUGAGAAACCGGGCCGUGAUUACCACUGGAGAGAUACGGGACUAUCGUGGAUCCUCUGGGGAGCCUCAACAACCUCAUGAUGCUGUAGAGGCAGAGAAGAGUCUCUCCAGAUCAGAACACCUCAAGAAACACCAGCAGAGAUCCACAGGGAAGGGAACUCACUGCUGCUCUGACUGUGGGAAGAGAUUCACCUCAUCAGGCAUUACAAUUCAUCAGAGAACACACACAGGAGAGAAACCCUAUAGCUGUGGUCAAUGUGGGAAGAGAUGUACUACAUUUGGCCAGCUGACUCAACACCAGAGAAUACACACAGGAGAGAAACCGUAUAGCUGUGGUCAAUGUGGGAAGAGUUUUGGUGCAUCUAGAGAUCUGACAGUGCACCAGAGAACACACACAGGAGAGAAACCUUAUAGUUGUGGUCAAUGUGGGAAGAGUUUUACUACAUCUGGCCAGCUGACAUUACACCGGAGAACACACACAGGAGAGAAACCUUAUAGCUGUGAUCAAUGUGGGAAGAGUUUUACUACAUCUGGCCAGCUGACAUUACACCAGAGAACACACACAGGAGAGAAACCUUAUAGCUGUGAUCAAUGUGGGAAGAGUUUUACUACAUCUGGCAAGCUGACAUUACACCAGAGAACACACACAGGAGAGAAACCCUAUAGCUGUGAUCAAUGUGGGAAGAGUUUUACUACAUCUGGCAAGCUGACAUUACACCAGAGAAUACACACAGGAGAGAAACCGUAUAGCUGUGGUCAAUGUGGGAAGAGUUUUGGUGCAUCGAGAGAUCUGACAGUGCACCAGAGAACACACACAGGAGAGAAACCUUAUAGUUGUGGUCAAUGUGGGGAGAAUUUUGGUCAAUCUAGCACUCUGACUCUUCACCAGAGAAUACACACAGGAGAGAAACCUUAUAGCUGUGAUCAAUGUGGGAAGAGUUUUACUACAUCUGGCAAGCUGACUAUACACCAGAGAACACACACAGGAGAGAAACCCUAUAGCUGUGGUCAAUGUGGGAAGAGAUGUACUACAUUUGGCCAGCUGACUGUACACCAGAGAACACACACAGGAGAGAAACCUUAUAGCUGUGAUCAAUGUGGGAAGAGUUUUACUACAUCUGGCCAGCUGACAUUACACCAGAGAACACACACAGGAGAGAAAGCUUAUAGCUGUGAUCAAUGUGGGAAGAGUUUUACUACAUCUGGCUCUCUGACUGUACACCAGAGAACACACACAGGAGAGAAUCCGUAUAGCUGUGGUCAAUGUGGGAAGAGUUUUGGUCAAUCUAGCACUCUGACUCUUCACCAGAGAAUACACACAGGAGAUAAAUCUUAUAGCUGUGGUCAAUGUGGGAAGAGUUUUGGUCAAUCUAGCACUCUGACUCUACACCAGAGAAUACACACAGGAGAGAAACCGUAUAGCUGUGGUCAAUGUGGGAAGAGUUUUGGUGCAUCUAGCACUCUGACUCUACACCAGAGAAUACACACAGGAGAGAAAUCUUAUAGCUGUGGUCAAUGUGGGAAGAGUUUUGCUCAAUCUGGCCACCUGACAUUACACCAGAGAACACACACAGGAGAGAAACCUUAUAGCUGUGGUCAAUGUGGGAAGAGUUUUACUACAUCUAGCAAUCUGACUGUACACCAGAGAAUACACACAGGAGAGAAAUCUUAUAGCUGUGGUCAAUGUGGGAAGAGUUUUAGUCAAUCUGGCCAUCUGACAGUACACCAGAGAACACACACAGGAGAGAAACCUUAUAGCUGUGGUCAAUGUGGGAAGAGUUUUACUACAUCUAGCAAUCUGACUGUACACCAGAGAAUACACACAGGAGAGAAAUCUUAUAGCUGUGGUCAAUGUGGGAAGAGUUUUAGUCAAUCUGGCCAUCUGACAGUACACCAGAGAACACACACAGGAGAGAAACCUUAUAGUUGUGGUCAAUGUGGGAAGAGUUUUGGUCAAUCUAGCACUCUGACUCUACACCAGAGAAUACACACAGGAGAGAAACCUUAUGUUCAGUGUGACAAAAUACAUACAUGAAGGAGUUAUUUUGUGAUAUCAAUGAAUUCAUGUCACAAUGUAGAAUGUUUUAACAUCGUAGUAUGAGUAUUUUAAGGAGUUUCUCAAUGUAGAACCCUAAUUCAAUUGAUUUCAGCGUGAUAUGGAUAUUAGCCUUGGGAAAAAUCCAGGCUCUGAAUGAAAAGAGUACUAUUUAUGUGAUUUAUCAAAAAGUGACUAACACAAAAAGAGCUUUUGUUACACUUACCACGUUGGUGACCCACUUGAAUCAAAAUGCAACACUUCUAAAUGUAGCCAACUGUUUUCUACAGAUUGUCCUCUAACCAGGGAUGUACACAUUAUUCCCAGAUUCCGUGUGGUUUUUGAGCUGUUAGUUUUAACAGGACGUGCAACCUCAUAUCCCUUCUGUCACACAAUUGAUUUCAACAUGAUAUCGCUGAGUGAUGACAAAUAUGUGUUGUGUUCCUUUGUUUAGUGACCCCUACAUUUAAAUGCAUCACUCCAAUAUGUAGCUGACUGUCUUCUGCAGGUUGUCCUCUAACCAGUGAGGUUAAAUAUAUCUCCCAUUUCCAUGUGUUUUUUUAGUUGUUCGUUUCAACAUCACGUACAUCCUGAUUUCCCCCCUAAUCGAUAUCAGUAAUUUAUACAUAUUACUUUAUGUUCUAUAUUAUACAUACAAUACAUAUGAACAGACAUUUGGUUUUGAUAUUUCAUAUUUCCAAUUCAUGUAACAUUUAGUAAUCAUAAUUAUUUAAGUAAUCAACUGACAAUUUUCGGGUAUAAUUAUAUUGACGUUGUUGCCCUUCUUUUAGAAUAUCAGGGUUCAUGUUCAGAUGUGCCAACCCAAAUGUACUAGAGCAUGACAUUGGGGACUGGGUCUUCCUGUCUUUAAGUUUGGUGUGGGUUGUUCUUUAGUUUUGCUCUUCUUGGGCAGAUUUAGUGGGUCUCAUUGUGGGUGUCUUUUAUGUCCCAGUUGUUGUUACUAGUCAACUUUCAGUGGACACAGAGAGCAAAACUGCAACAUUAUGUUAUAAUACUUUUAUUGCAUCAAAUGGUUGUUUUAUGCAACAGAAUAGAGGGUUCUUAGAACUAUUGUGUCUGUGUGUUCUACUGAGGAUGGGCCUCUGGGAUAUAACACUGACAGGAGAUUUACAAUGUCUUUUGGGUGAUUAAAACCAAAAGAAACCGCAUUCCAGAGCAUGAGUUAAUGUUUCUGUUCUAUAUGGUACCAGGGAGAGAUGACCCCAGGGCCAGACCCUGGUCUCUACACAAAGAGUACUGUUUUUACAGCAGAUACUGUCUGCUGAGAAUUAUAAGUCUCUUUCAUACAAAUCUUAACCUUGUGACCCGUUCUAUACAUCUGUUUUUCGUUAUGUAGAUUGAAAGGGGUGUAUCUUGGCUAUAAAAGACCUUUGUACUUUUGUCUCGUGCCUCUCAAUGAAUCAUCUGGGGGUGAUUCGUCAACCAGCCAUCAUUAUCGUAGAGCACUCAAUUGAUUAACUUUAUAUGUGUGUAUUGUAUUGACCUGCUCCCUUAUUAUAAAGUGAAUAAAGGUUUAGUUUAAGAAUAA